CCUGUUUCGUCCCUGCUCCCAUUUUCUUUUCCAUUUCAAGCCUCUCUCUGUCCCCGACACCACCAAGACCUCCUCCUUCUUCCCAAUUUCUCUGUUUCUCUGCUACUCCUUCUGAUACUAAGAAAGAGCAAUUUCUGAUAAGAAAAAAGUUAUCGAUUUAGCUUCUCCCACAAGGUUCUACUUUUGGAAGCAGAAAUAUCCUAAAUGAUGCUUUUUCUUGCUGGGGAAUGUCUUUCUCUCUAUCCACCAAUCUUUGAAAUUAGGACGUGAACAUUCUGAACUAAUAGCAAUGCCAAUAGGCUAAAAGAGAUAUGGACACCACAGUUGCUCAAACUCUUUACCCGUUGCACCGAUGUAAAACCCUCCAUCUGGUAAGGCAUGCUCAAGGAAUUCACAACGUAGAAGGUGAAAAGAACCACGAUGCGUAUUUAUCUUAUGACCUUUUCGAUGCGCACCUCACUCCUCUUGGCUGGAAGCAGGUGCAUAAUUUACGCAAGCAUGUUCAAGCAAGUGGACUUUCCAAAAGAAUUGAUUUAGUCAUCACUUCUCCUCUGUUAAGGACCAUGCAAACAGCAGUUGGAGUUUUUGGUGGUGAAGCAUACACAGAUGGCAUAGAAGCAACUCCUCUCAUGGCUGCAAAUGCAGGAAAUAGUGACCAUUCUGCAAUUUCAAGUCUGAAUUGCCCACCAUUUGUGGCUGUAGAACUUUGUAGAGAACAUUUGGGAGUCCAUCCAUGUGAUAAGCGAAGAAACAUUAAAGAGUACAGGCCCCUUUUUCCUGCAAUUGAUUUUUCACUGAUAGAAAAUGAUGAUGACGUUCUGUGGACGCCUGAUGUUAGAGAGAAGAAUGAAGAAGUCGCAGCUAGGGGACUAAAGUUUUUGAGCUGGUUGUGGACACGUAAGGAGAAGGAGAUUGCAGUUGUUACACACAGUGGAUUCUUGUAUCAUAUGUUAAGUUCUUUUGGCAAUGACUGUCAUCCUACAGUGAAGAGUGAAAUAUGCACACACUUUGCCAAUUGCGAGCUUCGUUCAGUUGUAAUAGUUGAUAGGAGUUUGAUGGGGUCUGAUUCCUCAACGACUAAUUAUCCAGGAAAAAUUCCCCAUGGGCUUGAUCUCCCAAGCGAUGUUGCUGGCAAGCUCCAAGAGAACAAUGCAAACAAGUAAAUAUAAGUUUGGAUAUGGAUAAAAUAUCCGAUACAUAGAAAUGAUUUUUCUCGGACCCUCGGUGCUUACUCAUGUUGCACCGUCUUUAGUCAGUCUUGAAGGAACAAAAAUAUCUAGUUUUUCUUAGCUUGCUAAUUCUAUAAUGCAAUUUGAAGAGACAAUAGUCGUUGAUAUCUGAAGCCUGUUAAAAGGAAUUUUUAGGGUUCAAUUCUUUAUUGAAGCCGUAUAACACAUUCUUAAUUGAAGUUUAGUUCUUGGCUCUGGAAAAAUUUGAAGUUUUUAUGCAUAUGUUGCAAUGAACAAGAGCCACUAAAGAUUCUUGUUUUAGAUAUUACUGGACUUCUGUUGUAAUAUGUUGUAACUUCUCAGUUGUUUUCUUCUUUUCCAUUGGUGUAAGGGUAAAUAAUACAAAUUCUUUUCUGUA